GCUGGCACACGCUUUGGCGCCGACGCUCUCGCACAGCGCCCUGGAGAGCACAGUUCUGCUGGCGCAGGACCAAAUGGUGGAUCUGACGAACCAGCUCGGCUUCCGCAUUCUCUACUACCACAGCCUGGCCAACAGGAAUAACGUGGCGCUGUCGCCUUGCGGGCUCGCCAGUGUUCUCGUGGCGCUCUUCGAGGGCGCCGAUGGCCACAGCGCCCUGGAGAUCCGGGACACGCUAGAGCUGCCCCACGAGAGGGACAUAAUUCGUGUGGGAUUCAGGGACAUUCACCGCCGCCUGCGCAGCUACUUUUACAACCAGGAGAACCUCCUGAGCGGCCUGAGCCUCAGUAAGGAGAACGUCACGAUCCGACCGGAAUAUGAGACGCUGCUGAGGUUCUACGGAUACGAUCUCAUGGCGGGAAUGAUGCACACGACCACGGAAGCGCCGGACGCGGAGGAAGAGACGACGACCACAACAGAGGCACCAUCGACAGAGGCGCCAACGACCGCCGUUGAGACCACGACUCUUGAGAGCUCCUCGGAAUCCACAACAACCACCGAAAUGAUCACAACAACGGAGGCAACGACCCAGCAACAAGAAAGCACGACAACCACUUCGGUUCCUGAGACUACGACUGCAGAGCCUCUGGAGUCCACGACGACAGAGGCUGCAUCGGAGAUCACGACAACCAGGACGACGAUGUACAUCUUCACUUUCACUCCGCCCACGAGCACUGUGGAGGAGGAGAGCAGUUCCGAAGCCUCCACCAUUGCCACAUCCAUGGAGGCUUCCAGGGAGACUGAAGAGACGACGUCACCGGACGGAAACAUCGUCCAGAGUGGCGAGAGCACUACGGAAAUCGCUCUGGGCAGGAGAAGGCGCAGGAAACCGAAGAGACAGUCGCGUCUGGUGAACUUUGUGCGGCGCAGAAGAUCACCAAUUGAGUUUGUCAUUCCCGAGAUAGACACUCCGCCACCUUUUGUGCACUACAACUCCGUCGCAACGCCCAAUCCGCAGUUCCAGGCACAUUCCUACCAGCUGACAGAGGACUCCCGGGAAGAUGUCGAUCUCUUCUAUCUCAGCCGCUUCGAGAGCGCUCAAGUACCGUACAAAUUCUUCAACACCAUCAUGAAGUUCGCCUACCUGGAGUCCAUUCAGUCUACUGUGCUGGAAGUGGAGCUGGAUUCCGAGAACUACAAUCUCCUGCUCAUCCUGCCCGACUAUUACUACGGACUCGAUCGUCUGUUGGCCGCCAUGAAGACACGAUUCGUGCCCAAUAUCCGAGAGCUGCGCACGGAGAUUCUCCAGCCCACAUGGAUCAAGGCCAUGAUCCCCAAGUUCUUCCUCCACGGUCGAAUUGUGCUCACGAAUGACCUGCAAAACGUGAGUGCGAAGGCAUUUUUGCACGCAUUCUUGCAUUCUCACUUGUACUUUUUGCAGAUGGGAAUUCUGGACAUUUUUGAGCCCACCAGGGCCAAUUUCUCCCCCAUGACGGACGACGAGGGCAUUUACACGAGACACGUGGAGCAGGCAAUCACCGUGAACAUCAGAAUUCACGCCAAUGAUAAUCUCAAAAGAUACACUUCUUACUACAAGACACCCGUGGAAUUGGCCAUCAAUCGUCCCUUCCUCUUUGUCAUCGCCGAUAAGGAGAAUCACCUGGCAAUCAUUACCGGAACCGUGCUGAAUCCUUUGAACUCUAGAAUUCAAUAAACACGUGUUGCAAGCCGUU